GUUGCUGAUGACGAGGCUGAGAUUGAAAAGGAAGAUCAAAAAUCCGAUGACAUGGAUGAGAGUGACAAUGAAAGUGAGGAAUCUGAUGGAGUCAUCGAUCACAAGGAUGAUGGUGGAAAGAAAGGAGAUGAAGUGGAUGUAGGUGAACAGGACAAGGCUGAUGGUGAGAAAGUUGGAAAUGAAUUGAAUGUAGGUGAAGAGGACAAAGCUGAUGGUGAGAAAGAUGGAAAUGAAUUGAACGUAGGCGAAGAGGACAAGGCUAAUGGUGAGAAAGAUGGAAAUGAAUUGAAUGUAGGCGAAGAGGACAAGGUUGAUGGUGAGAAAGAUGGAGAUGAAGUGGAUUUAGCUGAAGAUGACAAGGCUGAUGGUGAAAGGGAUAGAGAUGGUGUGGUUGCACUUGAAGAGGAAAAGGCUGAUAGUGAAAAGGAUGGAGAUGGAGUGGUUGCAGUUGAAGAGGAAAAGGCUGAUGGUGAGAACGAAGCAGAAGAAUCGGAUAAAGGCGCCGGUGACCAAAGUGAGGGUGAAAAGGAGUAAGAAACCACUAUUGAGGUAUGUCUAUGUAUCUUUAAAGAUUAACCCCCCACAUGAUUUCAUGAGUCUUGAUUACUUUGGUGGUUAUCCUAUCGUAUGUCUUUGUUGUUUAAAUUGCUUGUAUGGAAAUUUACAGUUGAAAUGGUCAAUAAGUAUUCAAUAUUUUAUUUGUUAAAAGUGGGGUUUGUGGCUCUCUCUCUCUCUCUCUCUCUCUCUCU